AUGACUUCGAAUAUUGAAUCUGAAAUCAAUGAAAAUGCUUCAUUGAAUUCCAAUCAAAUGUCAGCUGUUGAACAACUUUCACAAAUAAUCGAUUCAAAUAAUCUUCUAACUACUAAUGAAGAUAAAAGUCUUGAUAAAUCUUUAUCAACAACCGCUGCUCGAACACCUGGACAAACAGCCAUUGGUGCUAAACUUAUUGAAAAAUUAGAAAAAUUAGCAGCUGAUUCUAAAGAAAAUAAAAAGGUAAAUGAUAAAAUUUCAUCAGUGACAAACGACGAUGAUAGUUCUUCGUCCAAUAAGAAUAACGAUUCUGGAAAACAUCCAAGUAGACAUGAAGUAGCACAAAAUUUAAUGAAAACUUUAAGUGAUGCAGACCCACAAAAAAAUGUCCUACUAUUAGCAACAAAAUUAGCUGAACUGCAAGAACAAAAUCGUUUAACUCUAGCAAAAAUAAAUGAAUCGGACAAACGAUCAAUAGGUUUAAGUCGUGAACGAGAUCAAAUACUGCUUGAAAAUAGUCGUACAUCCGCUGCUAAAACUAAAUUAGAGAGUCUGUGUCGAGAACUUCAUAAACAUAAUCAACAAAUUCGAGAUGAAAGUACUCGAAAACAGCAAGAUGAUGAAACAAAACGUCAAGAAUUAGCUAAGAAGUUUCAAACGACAAUUGAUGAAAUAACAUCACAAUUAUCAAAUUAUAGCACACAAUCUGCAUCGCUACGUGAACGAAAUCUUCAAUUGUCUGAACAAUUAGCAUCGGUUGUUAAAGAUUAUGAAUUACGAGAAACAGAAUAUGAAGCAGUAUUGAAGAAGAAAAAAAUUGAAUUACGUUUAGCUGAAGGUAGUUUAGAAAAAAGUCAUUUAUUACUUAAUGAACAAACAGAAUUAAUUAAACAAGAAAGACAAGUGAGCGAAGCUGAUCGAGCAGUUCUAUAUAAAAAAUGUGAAGAAUUAACUAUAUCUGAAUUAAGCCUUCGAUCUCAAUUAACAAUUUAUGUUGAACGUCAUCAAGAAUUUGAAAAUGCCAUUCAACAAAGUAAUCAAAUGGUAACAUCAUGUCAUAAGGAAAUCGAAAGAAUGGGAAACAAAGUAAAAAGUUUAGAACAAGAAAAAAAUGAUUUUCGUCAACGAUGGGACACAACUGAGCAGAAUCAACGAAAAUCAAAUGAAGAUAUGAAAUUAUUGGAAAAAGAAAAACGACAAUUAGACAUUAAAGUUGAUAAACUCGAUAGACUAUGUCGAAAUCUACAACAAGAAAGAUUAGAUCUAAAAGCAAAAGUUAAAGAUCUAACAAAAUCAUCGACAAAUAUUCCUAUAGUCACUGGAAUUGAAAAUAGUGCACCAGAUUCUGUUACAGAUAAAAUAGUUGCUUCAGAUGUCUUAAAAUCUUCCGAAACAUCAAUAAAUGUACAUGAUUAA